UAGCUUGGUUUCAGCCUUCAGGACGGGGAGAUAAACCCCAGCGCGGCGCUGCAGCGAAGAAGAAGAAGAAGAAGAAGAAGAAGAGCAAUGGCUAAUCUUGGGACUAUCAUGGACUCCGAGUUCUCGGACUUCCACCUUUCCUCUCCACAGGCCCUCGACGGCGUCGUCCGGUGCGUUCCCGGCGACCCAGCUCCUCCCGCCCUCGCCCGCGCCCCACGCACUAUUCGCCCGCAGCAGCUCUCUUUCCUCUCCCAGGCCUUGCCCUCGGGCUUAUCCCCUCCUUGUCUCCCUUCCUCUCAGAAGGACCUUGGCUCCUUCUCCAUCCAAUCCUUCAUCCAUGGCCCCUCCUCCGACAACUGGUGCCGUCCUUCCUUCUCUUUAAUUCUGUUUUUUAGUUUGCCUGCAUUCAAAGAUAUAGCCAAGCACAUUUUGGAUAAAUCUCUGUAUGCGUUGGGAUUCUUCUCACAAAUUUCUCCGACUCCUGAUUCAUCCUUGCUGUUUAAUUUUGAAAAGCAUGGCGACCGGAAGGCGCACCGUUCUAAAGCUGUGUUCAUCCACAAACUUCCCAAUCAUGAUAUUACACUGGAAGCUGCUAGUCCUGAUUUGUUUCUGGGCAGCAAUGGCAUAUAUUGGGAUGUUCCUAAUUCAAUAUCACUAGAUGUAGCAUCUCUAGUAUCUAAUUCUGGAUUUAAGUACCGUUUUGGUUUGCAUAGAAAUGGUGGCUCGGCUGAAGCUCGUGAUAGUUCCUUGUCGAUUGACACACCCUUAGCUCUUAUGCCGGGAAUGUGCGCAAAAGCUGCCUUUUCUUUUGAGAAGAGCAAAGACCUUUGGAGAGAAAGGGAGAAAAAGUCUUCCAAAUCAAGAAGGGAGAAUGUGCCUAUCCCGCUGCCGUCGUAUGAUAUCCGCCUCAAAGAACCCCAUGCUGCAGUUUCUGGAAUAAUCGGUGCUGCAUGUGCGACUUGGUUUGGAGGAAACAAGAGCUUGAAUGGCACUUCAAAAGUUCAGUCAUUAUCUGCAGACUUAUUUAGCUCAAUAUCUUAUACACUUCAGCAUGGAAAGUUUAAAGAUGAUUUUAAUGAUCUUACAAGAAUAGAUGCUCGCCUAGAUAUUCGUUCUGCUAAAGCAUUUAUUAGCGAAGUUGGUCAUCUGGCGUAUGGCAUCUUCAAAGGCCCAGCUGAUAGGGAAGUGAACCCUCUUGCUGCCCCACAGCUUAAUUUGAUCUUUCAGCAGCAGGUGGCUGGCCCUAUAGUCUUCCGUGUUGAUUCCAGGGUUUCACUCACGCAUGGUAAGCAGAAACCUCAAGUAGAGGAUAUUAUGUACGGGCUUAGUUACUCUUUCAGGCUGCUGCAAUCUGGAAAAGUCUUGGCCUGGUAUUCUCCCAAAAGGAAAGAGGCAAUGGUUGAGUUGCGCUUUUUUGAGUUUUAGGCUCACAAAAGCAUGAAAUCCACCAGCAACAUCUACCUUUUUUUUUUGCUCACUUGGUAUUCUGUUUUUUCAGUAUGCUCAUUUGUAAAAUCUGUUGGACAGCUAAUGAACUGUUCUUAACCUGAGAAGCUGAUUCGUGAAAAUCUAAAUUGAAUCUCUGCUUUUGAUAAA